UCAUCGUCAUCGCCGCCUGUACUAUAAUAUUAUUUUCCCCGGAAAUUGUUGUACCUUUGCCCCUAUCUCUCGCGUCAAUACCCGUGUCCGGUCCGCUAAGGUUCGCGUUUUCUAUUUGGCCGUAAAGAGUUUUCUUUAAAAUUGUGUUUUCCCCACGACUGUAAAUCCGCCAUCGAAUCUUCUCUGUGUGUUUGCUGCCGCGAUUCGCCCGUGUUAUGCUCAGAGCACAGUAAGUAAUUAUUGUUUACUGGUGUAGACGAGAAAUGCGAGAUUUUGACCACAAGCGAGGUAGACAAUUGGUUGAUUGUGCCACUGAAGAGGAUACCGUCUCAGAAGAAAACGCAGCAAAAGAAAAAAUGCCUUCCGACACCGAAAGCAACACGAGCUUCAACAACACUAGUGUACGAACAUUCAAGAUAUUCAUUGGGAACUUAUCAGAAAAAACUACAUCCAAUGACAUCAAACCAUUGUUUGAAAAGUAUGGUAAAGUCGUCGAAUGUGACGUUAUGAAGAAUUUCGGCUUUGUUCAUAUGGACGACGACAAUAAUGGCCGAGCAGCUAUCAAAGCUUUGAACGGUUCAAUUGUUAACGAUUUGGCCAUGAAAGUAGAAGCUGCAACUAGCCGUCGGGGUCCUAAUACACCAACUACUAAAAUAUUUGUGGGCAAUUUAUCUGAAUCCACGAAAGCCCCAGAAGUUCGUGAAUUGUUUGCCAGAUACGGAUCUGUAGUCGAAUGUGACAUUGUCAGGACAUACGGAUUUGUGCAUAUCGAUACGAACGACGUAAGUAGACUGAUCAAAGAUUUAAACGGACACAUGUUGGACGGCCAACCAAUCAAAGUGCAAAUUUCAAACAGCCGGGUUCGCCAACGACCUGGAAUGGGUAUGCCGGAACAAUGUUAUAGGUGCGGAAAGGGUGGUCAUUGGUCUCGCGAGUGCAGCCGUGAAGGAUAUGGAUAUGGAAGGGAAGCUAUGCCUCCUCUUCCACCACCACGUGCUCUUCUUUACCCGCCACCACCUCCGCCUUCAUUUGUCCGUGAGCGUAUAUUGGGUUCUUAUGGUACAGGCUUGAAAUCCGAUUUGACUAGGAUGGAAGAUUACUCCAUGUUAUCCCACGCCGACUUAGGUAGUCACAUGUACGAGGCUGAUGGAUUAUACGAUCGUUACUACGACCGCACUUUAAUGCGCUCGGCGACAGAUGGAGGAUAUGGUUUGGAUCGUCGCAUACCUAGAAUGCCUUCAAGUCGCGACUACUUGUCAUCAUCGACACGCAUUGGCACAUCCAUGCGAGACCCAGAUUAUGUAUUUACUCGCCGAUCACCAUUAUCGAGCAGCCGUACAUCGUCGUCUCACGCUUAUGAUGAUUUCUCCAGGGAUGCGUAUGAUGAUCGCCGAGUAUCGGGAUCUCGCGGUUCGUCGCGUUACACGCCGUAUUAAAAAAUAUAAUAAUCGUGUAUAUAUUAUCGUGCCGUGGCCGUGUAAUCGCGUCGCCGGAUCGGAUAACCGUACACGCCUUCAUUGCCGACCGCCAACAAUUUUUUUUUAUAACUUUACAUUAAGGCGAACAAUUAUAAGAAGACCAACAUUUACAAAAUCUUGUUUAAGAUUGAUUGUCAUCAUAUUUUAAUAUAUUUUUUUUUCUAGGAUUAAUUUAAACAUAAUUUCUUAGUGUCAACAAUUAAUUUUUCUUUUUUGUAUGAUUAUUAUAAUUAUUAUUAUUAUUAUAUAUAGGAAUAGACUUAACAAUGGUAAAUAUUAUUUUGGGCUAUUGACUAUGUACAUCCAAAUUCAUUUUCUGUCUUUGUAAACCAUUAACAAAUCUAAAAUUAAUUUAGAAACAUUCAUUGACAUUGUUUUUUUUUUAUAUAUAUAGUCGUUCGUAAAUCACACAAUAUUAACAAUUUUUUUCCCCUGUAGUUUCUGUUUGUCGAGUUAUUAAAAAUAUUUUCUUUAGAAACGUAUGUAGUAAGAACCUUUGUAGUCAAAGGCAUUAUAAUAAUUAGGUUGAUGUAUUGUUGAUUAAAGUACUAAACAAACAUGAAUAUUGUAAGCCCAAAUCAAUUUUUUUUUUUUUUUUUGACAAGAAAUACUUUGUAAUUUUCAUUGUAAUAAAAUUAUAAUCGAAUUGGAAAACCAGAUCUAUUUUGUCGUUGCUUUUAUUCUUCUUAUAUUGGUUAAGUGUUUUUUUUAGUUAUGUCCGUUACAGCCGACCGAUCUAAUAGUUCGCCGAAAACGUGUUGAUAUUUCUUCUUACACCGAUCGAUACGUGCGCCGUACUGAAGAAUAUCCGAACGAAGCCGAUGCGUUUGUACGAUUCGUGUAAAAUACUCAUACGUAGGUAAACAAUCAUUAAAUUCAUAUAGUUUGUUCGUCUGUGUGUGUUUGUGAGUACUGCGGAUUGGAAAAAAAUAGGCCUAUGUUUUCUCCGAGAAAACGAUACACGGUCGUCCUCGGUGUGUGUACCGAGUAGUUUUGUACACUCGUCUAGACGGUCGUUUUCAAUCUGAUGCCGACGAUUAAAACAUAUCACAUUACAUAUGAUUAAUUUUAAUAAUUAACAAUUGGAAAUUUAGCUCAUCAGAUUAUUUGAUGUAUGUAAUAUCGGUAACAGAUAAGUUUUACCGAAACUCAAAUUAAAAAAUUGAUCAACUUGUGAAUUAGUCUAAAUCACAAACGAGCUUUAAAGGAAUAGAUUAAUAUAUGUUUUUUAUUUUAUUUUAGUCUAUAAAUAUGUACGGUUAUUACGUUAGCAAUCUUAACACUGCAAUAAUUUUUUAUUUAUAUUUAUACGUUUAAUCUAUUAGAUAUUUUAUUGUGUUGCAGAACUUUAUUAGUAUGUGGUUGAACGCCAAAAAAAAAACAA